CGCGAAGACACGCUCACGCAGUUGUUCAGUGUGGACUCACGCAUUCGUUCAGCGCUCCAGUCUCUCUGUCUGUGCGCGUCACAUCGCGUUAUGAAGCGCAACCCUGGAUAACAACCGACUUUCAUUCACUUCGGUUCAAGCCUCAUUCCUACCCUGUGUUUCUCUCCGAGUUGGAUUCUACUGAUAAUGAUUUUGGAUAUGCGCAGACGGGAUGAAGAGAAGCCCUUUUCUGCCCGCCGAAGUAAAAUAAAGUAGGCUUUCGUUUACAUUGGAGUUAAUCCUCUCGUUCCCUAUGAAGAAGUCAAAAAUUUGGAUACGUACCUGUGUCCAUUUCUUGCUUUACAUCACAGUUGCUGCUUAUUCCAGUGAAAUUGGAAAUCCCAUAACAGAUGACAUCAAGAAAGUUUCAUUGCUGAAACAGAAUAUACCAAAAGAUUACAAGAUUACAGUACAAUACCUACCUAAAGAAGUGAGUGGUAUGUGCUGGGUGAAGCUGAAUGUAUUCCCCCUGGAGGAUAGCUUGAAAGACCUGGCCCAGAAGUUUGGGAACAUUUCCUCCAACAAAGAUAACAUAGAAACAUUCAUCCAAAUGUUGCGUGAGAUGAGAUUUCAUAUUGGAUUUGGUUUGGAGCAAUACAUGCAGGAGUUUCAGUGUCACUACAGAGAGGAGAAGUGGCUCACUGGAGAAUAUUUCAAAUUUGUGGAGGACUUUUUCAAUACUGCUAAUUCUUCAAGAGAAACUGUAGACUGUGAACCUCCACCAUGUCCCACAACCACAAAAACCACAAUAGCAACCACAACAGCAACAUCAGCAUCAACACAUCAUUCACAAGUUAGUUUGUUUGCUGUGGACCCGACUGCAAAACAAGACGGCACGAAUCAGAGGUUUCUUUCUGAGCUUUUGGAGAGGAGUCUCUUGUCACUGCUCUUUAUUCCUCUGCUGGCUGUGGUGUUCCUGCUCAUCUGGAAGGUGAAGUCCAGAAGAAGCACCCCUUCAGCGCAGAGUAGUACAGAAGCUCCACCACUCUUCAUUGCCGUAGAGUCCGGCGCACCGCCAGUAGACGAUCAAAUCUCUGAAAAAGCUUGCUUUGUGCACAGGGGCACAGUCAUGCUGGAACAGGAAAGGACAUUUCCUAAAGUUGAAAGCAUCAAAAGGUUCGACAGUACCGGCGUUGUCUAAACAAUUAAUCUUCAUCACAACAGAUUGUACAGUGAACAACAGACAGCAGCAACUGGAGACCACCGAGAUCCAGACAUAUAACUAUACUGUAAUAUUAGCUAUGAGGGACCUCCACUGAAGAACCGCCAGAUGAGUUACGACAUGCUUUCUACGAACAAUGACAAUGACAAUGAUAUU